GAUGAGUGGUCAUUGGCCGAACGGUUUACCCCCACGUGUGUGUACUCGCAGGCUAUAUAGAAGACCCCGCGAGGAAUUUCAUCUUCAGAACUGAGAGUCAGUGUCACGGAUCACGGAAAUCCACCGGGAAGUAACUACACAAUUUUUACAGAAUGCAGUACAAUCAGUACGCAGCGCUGUGCUUGAUCGCGCUUGUCUUGGGACAAGUCGCGGCAUUACCACAGCAUUCUCAGUACACACAGCAAUACCCGCAGUUAUAUCAAUCACAGCAGGUCAGAGAGGAGAGAAAAUUUGCCGAGAAACCGAACGCGAUGAAGAAAGUAGCGAUCGAUGACCUCGAGGAUAUUAGCACUAAUCAGAUUCAGGAGGGUGGCAGUAGCGGUUUCUCAUGGUCCAAUAUGCUAGGAAUGCUGAUGCAAAUACUGCUUCCUCAAACCGGAGGUGCAACCGGACCAAGUAAAAACGAAGUGGACGAAGGCGCGACCGUGAGCCCCUGGACUAACUUGCUUUCCAUGGGUCUGAGGAUCCUCACCGCCCUGCUGGGCGGAUCCCAACAACCGGUGGACGGUAUUGAUAAGGUGGACAAUCAAAGUAGUCCCAUGCAGGCAAUUUUGGCUACGGUGCUGGCCGCGUUUCUAGGACAGGGCAGAGUCUCCGAUGAACGGGUUGCUGUAAUAGCGACAAAUGCUUCUGAGCAGUUCAUCAGUAUAGUCAUCAACCUGCUGGAUGCUCUAAAAACAUCCUUUUCUCAUCGUUCGAAUGAGGCCCGCACGCUCGGAAGACGCGACACCGUUUCCGAAGCUGCGAUAGCAUCGAUUUCUAUGCUGAAGGGCUACAUGAGAUCCGUCAAGUCCUUCAGCUACGUAGGUCGCGCGGAGGAGGAGGGACAGCGUGGAUGCGCCGAGAGGGCUCUUUGCGAGGCCAGCGCGGAGUGUAUCGCUGAUACGAAAGGUCCAUCGUCGAUCUUCUGCCAACUUGGCUCGUACGCGACGAGCUAUCUCCUGCAGAGGCAGAGCGGCGUUGGCUUCGAGGCCUUGUACGAGGCGGGACGACGCGGUCGUACGGGAGGACUGCAAGACUGCAGGACUCUCUUUAUGGAUUGCAACGCUGUAUGAGCAAAUUCGCCCUUUACAGCUGUUCCGUCGAACGUGACUUGGAUUCCGCGGGAUUUCGGAAUCGUACGUUUUACUGAUCUCUUUACCAAAGCCUUUACCAUCCUACGAGACAUACCGUAUCUUUGUAACAGAGGUCUAACUCGUAUAAAUUACCGGCAAUUCGAUAACAUAAAGACUCAACGUUUUUCAAGUUAAAUUUUAUAGACUUUUCCAACGUUUCAACGUUAUUAAUCGUCAUAUGGUGACGUUCAAGGUUCAAUACAAUUUCCGAUGUCCCACAGUCUAGGUCAUGUUUUAAAACAAAAAUAUAGUUUUAAUCGAUGUAUCCACGACACGAGCGUGCAUCGAGCCGAGAUUCGCAUCGAAUCUCGUUAGCUCACCGAUUUGGCUCCAACUUAUGAUUGAUCGUUCUUCCAACGGAGAAUUCGAUACAUGUGUGUGUGUGUGUGUGUGUGUGUGUGUGUGUGUGCUCAUUAAAUAAUACAUGAAAUAAUCAUUUUGAUAUCAAUCCACGAUUCCAAUCGUGUCACGAAUAAACAAUCGCAAUUCUAAUCCUACUUGUCUCGCGAAAAAAAUUAGUUUUUAAGCUGUGAAUCAGACAAGUUUUUAUGAUUAAUCCCUCUUUAUCAAUUGAUUUCUAACAAUACACUUUGAUGAAAUUUCAUCUAAUAAAGUUUACAUUUUUAUUCAUCCCGUUGAGAAAUAUAUAUGUAUGUUUUUGUAUCGAUUAACUGAAUUUCGCCACGUCGAUUACAUAAUUACACAAUAAUAUUUAUUUCUAUUUAUUGAACGUGUUAAAUGUAGAUGUAGUAUUUUGUAGUUGGGACUCGGCGCGAGUUCUGGUGUUUUUCAUCUUUCGACAAUGGUGAUUGUUAUGUGCAACAAGCAGGCAACGAAGGUUUGUUGAUGGGGCAACACUUGCUCCCAACGAAUGAAAAUAAAUUCAAGUGGAUAAAAAUAAAUUUAUUUUGACAUUUUCAAAUUCGCGCUUCGGGAUUUUGCGAAUCCAUUCGAAUCCAUUUGAAGCUUUGGCUAUUUCUGAAUAUUCAAAGACUUUAGAACGCAAACUCGGAUAAAUAAAAAGAAAUUGCAAUUUUUAAUUUAUUUGCAUUUAUUUUCGUUUGCUGGGAUAUUUCAUGUUUAUGAUAAAUAAAAUUUUUUCAACUCUCAAAAGCAUUGAAAAGCAGUGGCAUUCACAUCGAUAAAAAGUCAUCAUUAUUGUUAUAUAAACUCGAUCCUGCAAUCGUAACUUAUAUUUUAAUGGAUUAAAAUUCUUCUAAUUUUGUCCAAUUCAAUUUUCAAUAUUUCAUUUCCGUACAUACAAUGAAACAUACGAAAAAUGAUAUUUAUUUAAUUACAAUUUUCACAUAUUUACUGCAACAUAGAGGAGUGAAUUUUUUAAUUAUACAUAUAACAAUCGCUACACUUAACGCCCGAGUUAUUUAUGUAUACGCAUCGCGCAUUAAUCAUUAAAUGUACGGUAUGUAUACGGAAUAUUAGCGAUAAUACUACAUUCGUAGGGAGGAAGA